AUGUCUGCAUUGAGGAUAUUAGUACCUGUCAAGCGGGUGAUUGACUAUGCCGUCAAACCCCGAGUGAACAAAGCCCAGACGGGCGUCGAGACGGCCGGAGUCAAGCACAGCAUGAACCCGUUCGACGAGCUCUCGGUCGAGGAGGCGGUGCGGAUCCGCGAGAAGAAGUCGGCACCGGGCGGCGUCGAGGACAUCUGCGUCAUCUCUGCCGGACCCUCCAAGGCGCAGGACGUGCUGCGGACGGCGCUCGCGAUGGGCGCGGACCGCGGCGUGCACGUUGAGACCGGGGAGGAGCAGCUGGAACCGCUCAGCGUGGCCAAGCUGCUGCGAAAGGCGGCCGAGGAGCACAAGAGCAACCUCGUGAUCCUGGGCAAACAGAGCAUCGACGACGACUCGGCGCAGACGGGCCAGAUGCUCGCCGCGCUGCUGGGCUGGCCGCAGGCGACGCAGGCCAGCAAGGUCGAGUUCGGCGAGGGGGACUCGGUAAGCGUCACGUGUGAGGUCGAUGGUGGCGUCGAGACGGUCAAGGCCAAGCUGCCCAUGAUCAUCACCACGGACCUGCGUCUGAACGAGCCUCGCUACGCCAGCUUGCCCAACAUCAUGAAGGCCAAGAAGAAGCCGUUUGAGAAGAAGAAGCUGUCGGACUAUGGGCUUUCGGCCGAGAACAGGCUCAAAGUCCUCAAGGUUACCGAGCCUCCGCCAAGAAAGGGCGGUGGUAAGGUUGAGGAUGUUGAUGGACUGAUUGGCAAGCUCAAGGAACUGGGUGCAUUGUAA